AUGUCCUUUGACUGGCUGAAUAUUCCGGGUCUUAAUACAGAGGACAACACCAACAUCAACAACAACAAUAACACCGGUGCCAGCACGAACAAUGGACCUGGAGGCUUAAAUGGUUCAUUGGGUCCACCUAGUGUUUCAUUCGAUUUCGGUUUCCCCAUGAAUGGUAAUAACACAGGGUUACCCACUAUGGAUCAAUCCGUAAGGAGUCAAAGCGAUACCUCUAUUGUAAACAUGUCAUCAACGGAUGCUGUUAGUGAUUAUUCGGAGACUUCAGACGAUCUGAGGGUACCACUGUCUCUAUCACAAACUCAAUUGACCAACGAGGAGCUGAGAACUUACUUGAGAUGGUACAACUACAUAAUAGCAAAGACACAUGGGAAAUUGGUAAGAUUGAUGGACGUUUUCAAAUUCCUUUGCAAUUUUAACAUUACUGAUCAAUUGAAAAAUCGUAUAAUGGCGAUAUUUAGAAGUUGUAAAAAUGCAUUAAACAUUGGUCAAUUUUUUGCCGUUUUGAGAUUGGUAUCAAAGGCAUUAUUGCAAAAUGUACUACCAACAAGAAAGAUGAUCCUGGAUAAGGCCCCUAUUCCCAAACCAAAACCUAUUAUAACAAUAUCCACCGAUAAUGAUCAAGAAGUUUAUGAAGAAGUGGACGAGGAUACACCUAAUACUGCCAAUGGUAAUAAUAAUGAGAAUGGGAAAGUUGAUUUUGACUCAUUUACUUCAUUAUUACUUACGGGUAGAACUGCAAGAAAGAGAAUAAGAAGAAAGAUUAAAAAUGCCGUAUUUAAAAAUAAAAGAGUUAGGUUUGCUGAACAUAUCACUUUCCAAGAACCACCAAAACCAAACAGUGGUAAUGAAAAUAACAAUAAUAAUGCAAUGAUAUUGAACCAGACUACAAAUAAUAAUAACAUGGACGAUUCAUCAUCUGCUGUUCCACAAGGUCCUCUAGAUUUAAGUUUACCAAUGGAUCAAUUAUUGAAACAAAUGGCAUUAAGAAAGAAAAAUAAUUCAGCAUUAGUUUCCACUUUACCCAAUGAACAACAAGAGACAGAAGAAGAAAAGGAAGUGCUAGAAGAUAUGAAGGAUUCCCUUUCUCAUUUUAAAAAUAUUACGACGGUAGAUUCCGCAACAUUGCUUCCCGAUAGUACUUCAACAAUGCAACCAAUGUACAUGAAUAAUGAAAAUAAUGCAUUGAAUCAAAAUAAUCCCAGUAUGAAUCAAGUCCCAUUGCAACCAUUGAAACCAACCGCAACAGGUUCAGCAAACCAUCUAUUUCGUCAAGAAUUUGCUCAAAAUACAAAUCCCAUCUCUGAUUCAAAUCAAAUGCCUUUACAACCUUUAAAACCAACUGCGACAGGAUCUGCAAAUUAUUUAUUUCGAAGUUAUUUUGAACAACCAACUCAGAAUCAAACUACACAACAAGCCCAACCACCACAAACAAACAAUAACAGCAAUAUGAACACUUUACAGCUACAUCCCACGGCAACAGGAUCUGCUAACUACUUAAUGAAACAACAAGGACCCACCCCAUCUCAAGGAAUCCGUAACGAAACCAGCCCCAUACAAACUCCUAACAUUUUUGUAUCACCUCAAACUACAGGUCAAUUUAUGAACAUGAACCCGUCUCAACAUAACACUUAUCUCCAACAACCCCAAUCUCACAUGAAUACAUUACAACAACAAAAUACAUAUCCAGGUAGAUUCCCCCCAACACAGGUACAUAAUCAACCUCAACCUUCAAACAACAAUUUGUUGGCACCCACCAAUGCAGGGAACAGUUAUCUACAGGCAUUAUUGUCACAUUCUCCAUCACCUAGCACAAGUCAACUCAACCUGCCAACAAUCAAUCAACAAAAUAACUCGAACGCCAACCAAAGCUCGCAUCUAAGAUAUAAUACUACAUAUCAACAACCUAAUGGGACUACUCUCCAAUACCAACAACCACAACAGCAAAUGGUAUCAUAUGGCCAAAACCCUAACCAAAUGCUCCCCCCACUUCCACAACAGCAGCACCAAUCCCAACAUCAGAAUGUAAGGUUUGCAGCAGCACCGUCCUCAUACAAUGGAGCCCCUAUGCAAGGAUAUCCUAACAAUACUACGUUACAAGGGAACAGACCACAUUCACAGAGUCAAGGCAGUGAAGAGAUCUUGAGUAAUUAUAGAUCGUUACAAAAUCAAGUAAAUUCACUACAGAAUACAUACGGUAGGAUAUGA